UUUUGCGGGGGUUUAGUUUAAAUGAAACCAGGUGUGUUGUGGGACCGGUUAGAGGGGGCAUGUGUGUGUGUGUGUGUGAGAAUCUGUGAGUUGUUGUUUCGCCUACGGUUUGGCCAGAUUUGGAAUUUUGGUAUUUGGGCUGCAGACCAGGAAUUUGCAUCCUGGGGGGUCAGUGAGAGGGAGUUUGGAGAGUGGAGGAUGGCAGUGCAGGGGGCUAGAGGGGGGGUAAGAAUGGGCUGUCCCUCUCUCCUCCCUCUUCUCUCCUCUUUCUGUCUUGCUUUCUCUCUUUCACUCCCUUUGCAUGUGUUCAGCGGCUCCAGCUGUUGGUCUCCCCACUCACUCUCUCAGGGUCAUACAGGCAGGAGUUUAAACGACCACUUUCCGGGACAACCACAGCUAAUAGAAGUCACACCGGUCAGAGGGAGACUGAGACACAAGACAAGAGAGAAGAAAUUCAUCUAUACCACUUCUCGGCUGCUCUGUACAUUACAACAUCUUCAAGGCACUGCAACCUGUCUAACAGCUGUGUGUGUGUGUGUGUGUUUGUGUGUGCAUGUUUUACUUGUGUUCCUGUCCUGUCUCCCACCAAUUAGUAUGCAGGGUGCUUGUGUGUCAAACUUGUAUGUGUGCAUAUGUGUGUCAGUGCUCCUCCACAGUGCUAUUUCACAGCCACCCACAGAAAGUGACACCUACACGGUAAGGAUGGAUGAAUCUCUCUCUCCUUCCUUCUCUUUUCCUCUCUUACUCUCUUAUUUUCUUUACAUCUUCUGUUUUACAACAUAUCACACCUGUCAGUUAAUAUUACCAUUUUUUUGUGUUGAAGUGUUGGCCUCAGAUGCUUUCGUCUCUGUUUUUCUUACCUCAUCACCAUCUUGUUUAAUAUUCCAAGAAUUCAUAGUAAUCAUAAGUGUCCAUGUUUCUAAAGGCUUCUCUUUUCCCAUGCAUCUUGCAGAAUAUUUUAUUUUUCUAGGAUGAUAACAAUUUUCCCAGAGCAUGACCUCAAAUUAUUUGUUUUUGAAGUGACAUUUGGCUUUGGGAGAGGAGUUUAAAGUGUCACAGUGCUUUUAACAUCAGCAGAAUUCUUCUCUUCUUGGGCCAGCACGCUGACAUGAAUAAGAAGAAACAAGUUUCUCUCUCCUCUUCUUUUUUCAUCUCUAACCACUAGGGGAUGCAUUAUGAAUAUAUUAUGCAACAAUUUGGCUCAGAGGAACUGUUAACAUCUUUCUUUCCAUCAUUU